UGAUAUUCGAAACGUAAACACGAAUGAAGAAAAAAAUUCACUAAAAAUCCAUUAAAAAGUCUGUAAAUAACUUAUGCAAAGUGCUUUAAAACCUAAAAAUAAUCAAAUUAAUCACACGUGAUUAGUGCCCAUUUGACAGUUGCAAUUAAUUUGUAGAAAAAAUACAAAAAAAAAUCUCGCGAAUUUUGGACUGAAACAAGCAGCCACAGUGAAGAGAGAGACAAAAGACAACAAAAAAAAGUUGAGUUUACAUAAUCAUAUCACAUAUUUGAAGCAAAUAAUGACAUGGCAAACGAGUAAAACGGUGCAUUAUUAUAAAAUGCAAAACAUUAUAAAGUGAUUUUUUACAAAUAAAAUUUUUUUUUAUCGAUUGAGUGACUUGAAAAAAAAAAUAAAUACAAAAAAAAAAUAAAAAUGAGUCGUAAACACAACAAUUUUGAGACAUUGUACGAGAAAAAGACUCGAAAUGGACGACCAUAUAGUCCGUACUACGAAAAAGAGUGCGACAUCGACCAAAAUACCCUGAUGGCGGAAAUUUUCGAGGAUGGCAAAAAAAUGCAUCGGAACAACAACCAUCAUCAUAGCAGUAGCAACAAACAGAAAAAGGUGCCUUUCUAUCAGCAGCAAAAGAAUGCCGAACACAACCAAGAAGUGCCCUCCCCUCCAGACUCUGAGACUGAAGAAACCCCGGACCAAUUUGAGCCUCAACUAACAACCACAACAACUACAAAUAAGGACAUUUUAAACAAUAACGCCGAAGACGACGACGACGAAGUCACGGAAAUCACGCAAAAUCCAGCGGAAGACGAGGACGAUGAUGAUGUCGUCGAAGUGACCGAAGAAAAUCCGUCGCCGCAAAAGGAACGCAAUGACUCGUGCGUCAUCACGGGCACCUACACGCGACAGGAUUACGAUCCCGAAAUCGAGGAAAUAUCGCGGAUCAGGACAAACGUAAUUCUACGUGAUUCUGACAAAGUUGGACUGAAAGACUUUGAUGUGCUGAAAGUGCUUGGAACCGGUGCCUAUGGGAAAGUUUUUCUCGUGCGCAAGAAAAAUGGAUGUGAUCAAGGGAAGUUGUAUGCAAUGAAAGUCAUCAAGAAGGCAGCAAUAAUUCAGAAGAAAAAAACAGCGGAACACAUACGUGCAGAGAGACAGGUAUUAGAAGCUGUUCGGAAAUGUCCCUUUCUGAUAACCAUGCAUUAUGCCUUUCAAACGGAGUCCAAACUUCAUCUAGUGCUCGAUUACAUGAAUGGCGGCGAGUUGUUCACACAUUUGUUUCAACGCGAGCAAUUUAGCGAAGACGAAGUGCGUGUUUAUGUGGCAGAAAUUGUCUUGGCGCUCGAGCAAUUGCAUAAAUUGGGCAUAAUUUAUCGUGAUAUCAAGCUCGAAAACAUUCUCCUGGACCGCGACGGUCACAUUGUGAUCACCGAUUUCGGACUCUCGAAGGAACUGACACCCGACACAAAUGGGCGAGCGCACAGUUUUUGCGGCACUCUCGAAUACAUGGCACCCGAAGUGGUCAAACAGAACCAAAAUGGGCACGAUAUCGCUGUCGAUUGGUGGAGCGUUGGCGUGCUUACGUAUGAAUUAUUGACGGGAGCCUCCCCGUUCACGAUUGAGGGCGAGCGGAAUACGCAGAGCGAAGUAUCAAAGCGCAUUCUGAAGACAGAUCCGCCGUUGCGUGGCAUGUCGAAUGACGUGCGAGACUUUAUCCAAAAGCUGCUAGUCAAAGAUCCGCGUAAGCGAUUGGGCGGAAACGGGCCCGAUGCAACCGAGAUCAAAAGUCAUGCCUUUUUCGACAAAAUUAAUUGGCGCAAGUUGGAACAACGGAAAAUUGCGGCGCCAUUUGUGCCGAAAAUUGCCGACGAUCUUGACACGAGUAAUUUUAGUGAGGAUUUUACGCGGCUGCCUGUCACGGAUGCACCGACGAAGCCAACGCCAAAUACCGAACGACUGUUUCGCGGGUAUUCCUUCGUUGCUGCGAGUAUUUUGCUGAAGAAGUCGUCGUCGGAUGUAGUGGUAGAAUGUAGUGAUAGCGGCUUGAGCGAACGACCAAAUGCCUUUAAUGUAGUUAAUUAUAAAGUAGUGAAUUCACCCUUUUGGAAAAAGUAUGACAUUGUCGAGAAAAAGCCAAUUGGCGAGGGCUCGUACUCAAUUUGCAUGAAAUGCCAAGACCGCAGUACAAAGAAGCUGUAUGCCGUGAAAGUUGUGCGCGCCACGCACGACGUAACCAAAGAAACGAACGCCUUACGAUUGUGUCAAAGUAACAAAAAUGUCGUCACCCUAAUUGAGGUGCUGCGCGACGCUGCCUACACCUUCAUCAUCACGGAAUUACUCGAAGGCGGCGAACUUUUCGAACGGAUACGAACAAGUCGUUGUUUCACGGAGAAAAAAGCCCGUACUUACUUCCGCCAAAUUGUGGAUGCUGUCGCAUUUAUGCAUGCCCAUGGAAUUGCUCAUCGAGAUCUCAAGCCGGAAAAUAUCCUCUUUCAGCAUCCGGACUCGCAUACCUUGAAAAUUGUCGAUUUUGGCUUUGCGGAAGACACAAAUGCCUCGUCGACGGCGACACCUUGUUUCACGUUAGGCUAUGCGGCGCCCGAAGUGCUUCACAACGACGUGACAUCCAUGGAAGCGAGUGAUUUGUGGUCAUUGGGCGUCAUUUUGUACACAAUGUUGUGCGGGCAAACCCCAUUUUUGUCAAAUACGGAAAAUGCGGCGCGCAAAGAGACGUACAUCAGUGAAAUGGUGUCACGAAUUCAACGAGGUUCCUUCGACACGGGCACCGAUUAUUGGAAUUUAGUGUCGCACAGUGCUCGAAAUCUCGUAGAAGGACUUUUAACGGUCGAUCCUGCGACACGUUUCAGCCUGAAAGAAAUUCAGAAGCAUCCGUGGAUGCAAGAAACACAAAAAUCGACGGCGUUUCUCCACACACCCGAAUCGCGACAAAUGUGCGACACAAAAGACACCUUUGAUGCAUUUAGUCAUGCACAAAAAUUGGGCUUUGCGCCCGUGCCAGCGACGAAUCUCCUCACGAGUCGACGUCACAACAAGAAAUCCGGCAGAAAACGCAGUCACAGCACGUCCGAUGACAGUUCGACGAGCGAAUUGGGACGCAGUAAGAGCUCAAGUAACAUCAUUUUGACAUCAGAUCCCAAUUGUCGGUCCAUCAGCAGUGGAGUUUUGACUGCCAGCUCCGAUAUUGAGUACAAGGGCAGCUCCACGAACGCUAAAAACGCAAAUAAUUCGUCGCAUCAACAUGUCAUCUCCAUUUCCGACGACGACGAGGAAGCCGAGACAGAUUGCAGCAACAGUAGUCAGGUCUUGCGAUGCCCAUCGAUAGAGGAACCGGACUUUUAUGGCUUCGAUCACGUGUAUUUACUCGGAUUUACGAAGCAGGACAUGCGAAUUGCUCGAAGUUUGGAAUCUUGGGUCCAAAAACACCUCAAAAGACCAAUGCGGACAGUCGAAAUUUCGAACGACGUGAAUUGCUGGCCCGCAACUCGCUCCCGAAUACGUACUAAACGUGUCGCCAUCGAUGCCGAUUCCGAAUUUGAGAUGCUCGCGAACAGCAGUAAGCGACGCAAAAAGAAGUAGAACAGCUAACGACUAACAUUGCACUAUCCGUUACCAAAUCGAUUUAUAAAUUAUUAUAUUAUUAUUUUAUUAUGACAUAAUUGUUAUAGAUGCUCCUCUUUACUGACAUAAAAGCAACUUUAUUUUGUACGAUUUUUGUUUUGUUAAAAAUUGUUGAUAGAUUCUAAAGGGAAACAACAUAUUCCGGAGAUACAAGAUGAAAAAAGAGACAAAAGUGCACUUAACAAAAAAAAAUGUAUCCCCGUUAACUAGACAAACAUUUUUGUGUCAAAACACUGGAAAUUUGUACAAAAAUUGAUAAAAAUUAUAAAAAAAAAGAUAAAAAAGAGUUUCACAUAUUGUUGAUGUAAUACAAUAUAAGUAUAAGCGGUAAGAUGACCAAAAAAAAAACAAAAAAUAUGAAAUAACAGAAGCAAACUAUAUUUCUCAUAGGAUUUCAGUUUUAAAUGGGUAUAAAGUACUAGAUCUUAAUUUAAUUUAAUUGAAAUAGUCAAAAUAAAUAAAGAAAAAGA